GGCGCCGGCGUCGGUGCGCGCCCGAAGAGGGAAGGAAGCCACGCGAAGCGUGCUCCGGCGCGCCGAAAAAAACAUAAUAAAAUCUGGAAACAGCAAGGCACCAACGCCCCCCCGAGCGGAGCACACACAAAAGCGCCCCACCACCGCGCACCAUUUCCUUUCCAUCCCCUGCUCCGCCCGCGCCCCCUCUUUGCCUGAGUCGCUCGCCUCCUCGCCGUGGACCGCGUCCUCCUCCUCGUCCUCCCCUUCCGCCUCCGCAGCAGCCGAGAGCGCGGUCAACUCUCCAGCCGGCGGAGCGAGAGCGGGACCGGAGCGGGGGAGGAGAGGCGGGAGGGUCCCCGGAUCUGAGCUGAGCCGCGCUCCCCGUGCGCCCGCCGCCGGCCACCGCCCGCCCGCCCGCCCAGAUCUCGAGCCCCCGCAGAUCUGCUGCUGCUGCGCCUCGUGUAAGUAAGAUCUAAAGCGAACAAGAGGGGUUCUCCAGCUUCGGUUGGUGGUGGUUGGCCGGUGACGAGGAGGCGGCGGCGGCGGCAGGGAGGCGGCGAAGAUGUCGUCGAGCACGAUCCGGAAGGCGCUGGGGGCGGUCAAGGACCAGACCAGCAUCAGCCUCGCCAAGGUCACCAGCAACAUAGCCCCGGAGCUUGACGUGCUCAUCGUCAAGGCCACCAGCCACGACGACGAGCCCGCGGAGGAGCGCCACAUCCGCGAGAUUCUCCACCUCACCUCCGGAUCCCGCGCCCACGUCGCCGCCGCCGUGGCGGCCUGCUCACGCAGGCUCUCCCGCACCCGCGACUACGUGGUGGCGCUCAAAUCGCUCAUGCUCGUGCACCGCCUCCUGGUCGAUGGCGACCCUUCCUUCCACCGCGAGCUCCUCCACGCCACCAGGCGCGGCACCCGCCUGCUGAACCUCUCCGACUUCCGCGAUGAGGCGCACUCUGGGUCAUGGGAUCACUCUGCCUUUGUGCGCACCUAUGCGCUCUACCUCGACCAGCGCCUCGAGUUCUUCCUCCAUGAGCGCAAGCAGGGAUCAAAUGCUGGCAGCAGUGCUAAUGGUCCAUCGCCCCGUGACCGUUGGGGUUCGCCUGACCCCUACGGCCGCCGCUCGCCCUCCUACUCGUCACCUCCUGGGUAUGGCGGAUAUGAUGAUUACCGUGAGAGGAAUGGUAGCAACAAUGAUGACAAGAGGCCUCCAACUCCGGUGAGGGACAUGAAGCCGGAGCGGGUACUUGCUCGCAUGCACCACCUGCAGCAGCUGCUUGACAGGUUCCUUGCUUGCCGCCCCACUGGUGGGGCGAAGCACAGCAGGAUGGUGCUGGUUGCAUUGUACCAGAUUGUGAGAGAAAGCUUCCAGCUCUACGCUGAUAUCUGUGAGGUGCUGGCAGUGCUGCUGGACAGGUUCUUUGACAUGGAAUAUGCUGAGUGCGUGAAGGCUUUUGAGGCAUAUGCUAGUGCUGCGAAGCAGAUUGAUGAGCUCUGUGCAUUCUAUGCAUGGUGUAAAGAUACUGGAGUCGCAAGGUCAUCGGAGUACCCAGAGGUGCAGCGUGUCACCGAUAAGCUGCUGGAGACACUGGAAGAAUUUAUGAGGGACCGUGCGAAGCGACCCAAGAGCCCACCACGGGAGCCGGAGCCUGAGCCUGUCAAGGAAGAACCUGAACCGGAUAUGAAUGACAUCAAGGCGCUUCCAGCACCUGAGGAUUUUAAGGAGCCUGAACCUGAGAAGGUUGAGGAAGAGGUGAAGCCAGAGCCACCCCCGCAGCCACAGGGUGACUUGGUGGAUCUCAGAGAAGAUACUGUAAGUGCGGAUGAACAAGGUAACAGGCUUGCUCUGGCUCUCUUCCAGGGGCCACCUGCUGCUGGUGGAAGCAAUGGUUCAUGGGAGGCUUUCCCUUCAAAUGGUGGCAAUGAGGUGACUUCGGCAUGGCAGAAUCCUGCAGCUGAACCUGGGAAGGCUGAUUGGGAACUUGCCCUUGUGGAGACAGCAAGCAACUUGUCGAAGCAGAAGCCUGCAAUGUCAGGUGGUAUGGACCCACUGCUGCUAAAUGGUAUGUAUGACCAGGGCACUGUGCGCCAGCAUGUCAGUGCACAGGUGACCACCGGGAGUGCCAGCAGUGUUGCCCUGCCCGCUCCUGGUCAGAAAACUCAGGUCCUGGCUCUGCCUGCACCGGAUGGUUCGAUGCAGACUGUUGGUGGUGACCCCUUCGCGGCAUCCCUCACCAUCCCACCGCCAUCCUACGUGCAGAUGGCGGACUUAGAAAAGAAGCAGCAGUUCUUGACGCAGGAGCAGAUGAUGUGGCAGCAGUACCAGAGGGAUGGUAUGCAAGGGCAAUCGAGCUUGAACAAGCUUGACCGGGCAUACAACAACGGUUUGCCCCCCAACCCGGCCAUGCCCUACGGGAUGCCCAUGCCAUACAACACAAACCCCAUGCCAAUGGCUUACACCGGGAACCCUGGGUAUUACUACCCCACUUACUGAGGAAGCCUAUUCUUUGUUCAUCCUUACAGUUGCUGUGAAUUUUUGUUCUGUAUUGUGAUCUUACUCCCAGCCUUGGGGUUGCGUCCAGCAUCAGCUGUUGUUCCUCUGUAUCUGGAUCAAACCUUUUGGUCUCAUAUAUGUAAUGUAAUUUUAUUUGUUUGGAACCAAAUGCAGCAUCCGAGGGUGGCUAUAGUCGAUUACAUAAUCUCAGUUGAUCUU